AUGAUUUCAAAACAAGCAUUUGCAAAAAAAAGCGAUCUUCCCCAAGUUGUUGAUCUUUCCUCUUUUAACCAUUUCAGCAAUGAAGAAACCAUACGAUAUUUAACGGCAUUUGUAGAAGGAUUGCACUUGGGAUGUUAUCAGUUUUCAAAAUAUAAAAGCGAUAAAAAUUCUUCUAAAAAAAACCCUCCAUCGAAUAAAUUUGAAGUGAUCAUCACCAUUCCCACUCUAUUGAAAAAACAAUGCGAUAUCAACCACCUACUCAAGCAAGCCCAAGCUGUUAAAGAAAGUGUAUUCCGUGCUCGCGAUCUGGUGAAUGAACCUCCCAAUGUUCUUCAUACAGAAAGCCUAUCCAAACAAGUACGGGAAAUGGCUCAUUCUUUGAAAGUUAAUUGUCGGAUUUUCGGCAAAGCAGAACUUAAAAAAAUGAAAAUGAAUGCCAUCCUUUCGGUUAAUGCGGGAUCCAAACACGAAGCGAAGAUGAUUAUCCUAGACAAUUUCCGACCUAACAAUCUAAACACCUCUACCUUUAUGAUGGUCGGCAAAGGAGUGAUGUUCGACAGCGGAGGGCUUUCACUCAAGUCACCCAAUGCCAUGAUUGGUAUGAAGAUGGAUAUGGCUGGAGCGGCUACUGUCAUCUCUGCUUUUGAAGCAUUGGUUAAGACCGGCUACUCGUCGCGUGUAGUGGCAAUCAUCCCCAUUACUGACAACAUGACAGGAAGCGGAGCGAUGAAGGUGAACGAUAUUAUCCAAACUUAUUCUGGAAAAAGUGUGGAGGUAUUAAAUACUGAUGCGGAAGGACGUCUCAUUCUCUGUGAUGCCUUAAAUUAUGGUGUUAAAAAAUAUAAUCCUGACUGCACUGUUGACCUCGCUACCUUAACGGGUGCUUGCAUCGUUGCCUUGGGGCAACACUAUGGUGGUCUUUUCACGCCGAGCGAUGACUUGGCCGAGAAUUUGCUUGUUUCCUCUCGCCAGGUUGACGAAGCUCUAUGGCGACUCCCCAUUGAUGACAUUUAUCUCAAGGAGUUGCAAUCCGAUGUCGCCGACUUGAAAAAUAUCGGAAGCCCCUACGGUGGAGCAAGUACCGCAGCUAAAUUCUUGGAGCAAUUCAUCCCCGAAGAAUAUCGCGGGAAAUGGGCACACCUUGACAUUGCUCCCGUGAUGGAAUCCACCCAAUCUCAAGGGCAUUCGAGUAAAGGGGGUAGCGGUUUUGGCGUUCGUCUACUUGUUGACUUUGCCUACCGUUUCAUGAACCAUAAGAAGAAAAAGCAAUAA